AUGGCCACUACACAACCACUUAGGGUCCUCAUCACAGGUGCAUCCAUAGCUGGACCUGCCGCCGCCUACUUCUUUUCACGGGCCGGCGCUUCUGUAACAGUCCUCGAGCGCUCGCCUGUGCUCCGUCUCGGAGGCCAACGAGUCGACAUCCGCCGUACUGGCGUCAAUGUGAUGCGGAAAGUGCCCGGCAUGGAGGCCGCGGUGCGUUCGAAGGCACCCGACAUGGAUGGUGUGGCGUUUGUCAACAACGCUGGGAAGCCAUACGGCGUGUGGAAGGCUACGGGCGAUCCAGACCAGCAGAGCUUGAUCAGCGAGUUUGAGAUCUUGCGCGGUGAGUUGGGGGCGAUUUUGUACGAUCUUACCAAGGAGGAUCCGAAUGUCAGAUACGUGUUUGGGAAUACCAUCGCGUCAGUCGAGUACGGCCAUCAGCGAUCCGAGAAAGCCGAUGAGUCGAACCCAGUCCGAGUCUCUUUCAGCAAGAACAGUCUCCCACCCACGGACUAUGACCUCGUCAUAGCCUGCGAUGGGGCACAUUCCGCCACACGGGCGACGUUCCUCAACUGCUCGCCACGAAAGCAUAUCAAGUCGACGAAAUGCUGGGCCGCGUACUUCACCUUUCCAGGUGACCUUCUCAACGGUAGCAGAAUUGAGCAGGCGCAUAGUGCGCCAGGUGGCCGCUUCAUCGCCAUAGGCAGCGAGAACGGCCUCACGCGAGCAACACUGAUGAAGUUCAGCCCUCCGGCAGGCCCAGAUGAUAGCAGCAACCCAACAGUGCGGCUUCGCGAGGCGAUGAAGGAGGGCGACGAUACGCUGAAGCGAUAUGUCGCAGAGCAAUUCGCCGACUGUGGCUGGCUGACUCCUCAAAUACUCGCCGGCAUGAAGGUCUCGACAGACUUGUACGCCAGCGAGAUCGUCCGAGUCCAUCCACAAGCCAUCCUCACGCAUCCAGAUCCAACAAUCCCUUUCGCCUUAGUCGGCGACGCCGCUUCUGCGCCAGGCUUCACCGGCACCGCUACAUCAUUAGCACUGACAGCAGCGUACAUUCUUGCCGGCGAAGUAGGAACACGACAUCGCGGCGAUGUCGCUGCAGGUUUAAUCAGCUAUGAAGCGAUCAUGCGCCCAAUCAUAGACGAAACGAGCUAUAAUCCCCCUCUUGCGACGACAAUAAUGGCGCCGCAGACUCGCCUCGGCAUAUGGAUUCGAAACAUGAUCUUUGCUGUACUCACGAGGUUCGCAAGCUUGCUGAACCCACUACAAAAGCGGUUCGCACCUGGUUUUGGAAGAAAUGACGAGGUGAAAGAUAAGCUGCCGAAUUAUGAGUGGAUAAGGUGA